AUGAGGGUGACCUGGAAACUAGAAAACAAGGGAAUUUUCACUGUGUAUGUACUUUUAUUUGGCUCUGGUAUAAGACUUCAUGUGACAGACAAUAGUGUACAAAAACCAAAAGUGACGGUCUACCAAGUGUCCAAACCUGAGCCGAACAGGAAAACCAUCCUGCUAUGUCUGGCUAGAGACAUGUUUCCAGACUCGGUCAAGAUUUCAUGGAAGAUGGUGGAUAAAAACGUCCGAACAGUGGAGGUGCCCAAAGCAGAGAUGGAAGAGCUGGAGCAGAGGGAGGAAGGGCGGACGACAAGUAUGAUCAUCAUUGAUAAAGAGAAGACGUACCAGAACAAAUACAUCUGUUCUGUGGAGCAUAAAGCGGGCCCUCAAGAUGUUGACAUACCAAAAGAGGAACCAACUGAAGCUCCUCCAACCACCAUGGCUGCACCAACCACUCUGCAUGUUACCUGUGAGGAUCCAACUGAAGCUCCGCCAUCCACAAAGGCUGCACCAACUGCUCUGCAGGCUACAAACGAUUCCUUCCAGUCGACAUGCAGUCUCAACCUGGCCUCUCUGGUUUACACAGUGAUGAUCGUGAAGAGCAUGGUGUACUGCUGUGCGCUCUCCCUCCUGCUGCACAACAGGAACCUGGGAAGUAGACCCAGCACCAGUAGACCCAUUCACUGAAAGGAUAUGCCCCAGUAUGGAUAGAGUUGUAGUGGGCUGGGAACAACAAGGAUUUUACACCCCAUUGUGGUCUCAGAUUGAAUUUGUGUUCCUUUUAUUUUUUUCCUGCUUUAUUUUUUAAAUGAUAAGAUAUUGUGAGCCAUAGAUUUACACUUCAAUAGCUAAUUAUGACAUUAAUUGCAGAACAUUUCAUUUGUAUUUCCAAUUACUUCAACUGCCAAUUAUGACAUUAAUUGCAGAACAUUUAAAUUUAGUAUAUUGUGUUUCCCUCCUUAACAUUUAAAUUAAUAUCACAUUUUACUUUUGAUGAUUGUGGGAGCUACACACUGCAGACACUUGAAUAAAGAUUAAAUUAAGGUUUUCAGAAAGUUAAGGAUAGGACAUAUUUAAGGUAAAUCCUUAUGGUUUAUGAAUGUUGCCCUGCAUUAUCUGUCAAAGUGGGAAAUUACACAACUGUAUUUGAUUUACACAAAAUAUUUAACUAAAUAUUAAAUCUAUCAAAAUAUUUUAUUAUUAAAUAUGCAUGCCAAUGAGUUCUAAAUAUGUAUCAUUAUCCAAAAUAAUAUUUAGUAUUUGGUCAUGUGUGUAAUGAAGCGUAGUAUGUAUAUUUUUAAGAAAUUAGAGUACGUUUUUUAACAUAGUAUUUUGUAUCUUAAAUCAAUGAUUUAAUUAAAUUACAAUAAAUAAUCAAAUCCAGCUUUUAUUUUACUUUAAAGAACUAUAUUCUGACUGCUUAUUGAGCAGACAAAAUGCUAAAUGAGUGAAAUCAUUAAUUUGUGCUUUUUUACAUUUAUUCAAUGUUGUUUUUUUACAUUGAUAAGGCUUGUUUAAAGAGUGAUAUUUUCCUUGCGUAAGAGGGCCUAUCUAGUGAGCAGUGUUUCUCAAAAGAAGCAUAUCCUUUCAGAUAGGGAUGGGUUUAAGAAUCGCUGCCUUCGUGGUUCAACUGUACUGUUUUGUAUGAGGAAACUGUCACCAUAAUAGAAAAUAAAAGUUACU